GCGCAAGUCUCGCGAAAACCUCCCGUAAAGUGUCGAGCAGUAAGAAGGAAAGAGAGAAAGCUGAUGAAACGAUAAUGAACGUUUUCGAUGCAUUUCGACUUUGUGUGCUUAAGCAGCGUAUUCCUUGCUGCAAACAUGUAUGUCUUGUAGCCAUACAACGGUCAGGAUUGUACCAUGCAUCUGCCUGACUAGAGGAGAAAGGAAAAAACGUGUAGCGUUGCGAGAAGAGUGUGAGUGGAGCGACAGGGCAGACAUGGAUGCGACUUUAGCUCCGGUACAAAGCGAGCGCCUCUCGCCGCUGCUGCACGCUGCAGAUAGCGGGAAGGUGAGGAAACACCAACACAAGCACAACUUGAAGCAUCGUUACGAGCUACUGGAGACGCUGGGAACGGGCACCUACGGAAAAGUGAAGAGAGCGAUGGAGCGUUUCUCCGGCCGGGUGGUAGCCAUCAAGUCCAUUCGCAAAGAAAAAAUCAAAGAUGAACAGGACAUGGUACAUAUUCGCCGUGAGAUUGAGAUUAUGUCAUCCCUGCAACAUCCUCACAUCAUCAGCAUCUAUGAGGUGUUUGAAAACAAGGACAAAAUUGUCAUUGUGAUGGAGUAUGCCAGCAAGGGAGAGCUGUACGAUUAUAUCAGUGAGCGGAGGCGACUUACUGAGAGAGAAACCCGUCAUUUCUUCCGGCAAAUUGUGUCUGCUGUCCAUUACUGCCACAAGAAUGGUGUGGUGCACAGAGACUUAAAACUGGAAAAUAUUCUGCUGGAUGAAAACUGCAACAUCAAGCUUGCAGAUUUUGGCCUCUCAAACCUCUACCACAAGGACCGCCUCCUGCAGACGUUUUGUGGAAGUCCGCUUUAUGCUUCUCCAGAAAUUGUUAAUGGCAGGCCUUACCAUGGCCCGGAGGUUGAUAGCUGGGCCCUGGGAGUUCUACUGUAUACCCUGGUGUAUGGGGCAAUGCCCUUUAUUGGUGGUGAUCACAAGAAUCUCAUCUCGCAAAUCAGCAGUGGCGAGUAUCGGGAGCCAACACAGUCUUCAGAUGCCCGUGGCCUGAUCCGCUGGAUGCUAAUGGUGAACCCUGAUCGGCGUGCAACUAUUGAAGACAUUGCCAACCAUUGGUGGGUCAACUGGGGCUACAAGAGCAGCGUAUGCGACUGUGAUGCUCUGCAUGAGGCAGGCUCCCCACUGCUAGCAAGAUUUAUUGACUGGCAGCAUCGAUCUUCUGGUAUGCAACCAGAGGGUGAGUCCAAGAAUGCAAAGGUACCCUACAGAGUAGAGAAUACAACACCUUGUCAGCGCUCUGUCCGGAAGUCCAAAAAAGAGAAUGAUGUGGUGCAUUGUUUAGGAGAUGAAGACAAACCUGGUCUGAAAAGGCCCAAAGGCAUCCUGAAAAGUCAUAUACCAAGGGAGCAGCGCUCUCACAGCGUUGGUGCCAUACCAGUCAACACCCUACCACAGGAAGCAGGCCUUACAGAUAACCUUGAUCCGGACAAAGCAAACUUUGUGUCCCCUUCUAAGAUGGCAGCUGAAGCAAACACAAGUCUACCUAAAAAGGGGAUUCUGAAGAAGACCCCACAAAGAGAGUCAGGUUAUUACUCAUCCCCUGAGCACAGCGAGUCUUGUGACCAGUUUGGAGUUGGAGGACAGAGUCCUCGGAAAAUAUCCAGUGUCAAAAAGAGCUUUGGCAGGAAGGGUAUUCUUAAACGCAAUGGUAAAUACUCCACCAGCAGCACACUGCCUGCUAUGCCAGCGACUGGAGUGAACUGUUCUGACUGCACUAGUGCUUCAGGCCUCUAUCGUAGCCAGAGUAGACCCUCCAGUGUGGUCAGCGAUGAUAGUAACUUGUCUAAUGAAUCAUUUGAGCUACUAGAUUGGCCAGAGUGUGCUGGCUCUACAGCUGUUGUGGGUGUCUCAAAGAUCCGUAGUUGUGUGUCUGCUGAGAAUCUUUUGCAUCUUGGAGAGUUUGGAAGACUUAAAGUCCAGCCACCUGUUGAUGGGGUCCACUUCUACCAUAAGAGCUGCAGCUCAGGUAAAGACAGUGGCAGUUUCUCCCUACUGGCUGACAUGGAAGAUAUGACACAGGUUUACCAACAAGCACUAGAAAUAAGCAGUAGCCUCACCUAGUGCCUGAGGGUCAAGAAUGACGACCAGUGCUUCACUGGGAAUUGGCUUAGCAUGAAGUGCACUGGAGGACACAAAACAUUUAUCAGUGGCAGACAAUAGAAUUGCUAGAAUUGUAGCUUUGCAGUACUGGAGCAUGAAAGCGAGGCAAUUGGGAAUCUUUUAUGUUCUGUUUGGAAAGUAGCUGGGGAAGGACUGAAAGUUGAAUGAGGGGAGAGGAGUGAGAUGUGCUAGGGAAGAAUAGGAAGUAGUAGGAAGAUUAUUGAUGAGGAGAAGGGGAUAUUUGUAAUGACUGAGAAUUUGGUAUGCAUUGUUUGAAAAAGCAAAGGGGUAUAGUGAAGAGUGACAUUGGUAUACAGAAAUAGAUUUGGACAGAAUGAGUACAGAAGAUAGACUAAUAUACUAUGACUCUGAAAAUUACAGGCAUAUAACUGGAAUAACUGAGGAGUGUCCUGGAGCAAAGUCAGAAAUGAAAGGAAGUAUCCUGGGAAUAGACAUUGACCAGGAGGGUUAAGGUGAUGUAAAAUAGUAGUAAUAUCUUAAUUGAUUUCAAACUCACAGGUUCAUUACAUUUAGAGUCCACUUUGCUGUCAAGGAUAUUGUGCCUCAGCUUUUCUGUAAGCUGGAAUGCUACCUAAUGGCCAAGUCCAAACCCUGUCUAGACUAACAGAUAUAAAGGUGGUGGUGCAGUACUGCUGUACCCAAGGUAUGUACCUUCCCUUUGACAAAAAUGUCUCAACUGAAGGGGUGGAGAUUGUGACCAGAACAUUGUCUCCUCAAAGCUGCCUUGGACUAUUGGUGUAGUCUAGAGAAAAAAAAUGAACAAAUGGGCUGAGUUGCUUUCUGCCAAACUGGAAAGCCAAGCAUGGCGCUCUGGACUGUUUAAGUAGACUAAGAUGAAACUUGACUGGAUGCUGUUGUAUAAAACCAUAAUAUGUUAUUUAAUAUUAUUAUUUACUUUCUGUUUUGUAAAGCUUGACUUGUGAGGCAAUUGCUGCUUGUAUUUUGGUGCCUUUUUAUUGCAUGAAAUAAGUUUUAUUUAUUUUUCUUAAAGCCUCUGUGGUUUGUGUGUUUGCUAAUUUGUGGGGAUUCCUUUCAGGCAGCACCCCCUGCUCUGCAGACAGUGUUUGAGUUCAAGUUGUAUUUCAGCUGCACCAAAAGCAGGUCUGGAAUUAAUAAGGCUUCUUAUUGUGAUGGUGUGGCCAGUGGCAAUUGCUGUGUUUAGUUUUAUUGUCUGGUACCAAAGUAGCCAGGUUCCCUCCACACCUGACAGCCUUUAACCAGACCAGGCCCAGUCCCUUCCUCAUACAGGGGUAUGUUUACAGAUCAGAUAAAGAAUAUCUGCUCGCACUGAUAUCCACUUUAAAAAUGUUAAGGCAGAGAUCUGCUUGUUAUCUUAUUUUAUUUUUUUCAGUAUUUAAGUGUUUUACCUUAGAACUGGGACUGUAAAAAAAA